AUGAAGAAAUUACUGGAGUGCUGUGAGCUUCAUGAUCUUCCGCUUAGCGUAUCGGCUUGGCUAAUGACACCAAUUUAUGUUGUACUGGCCCAAGUGAAGACUUCAGAGGGAAGCCAACACUCGGAGGCUGUGACCUCAUUGGAGGUCUUAUUGCGGUUGUACUUACCUCUAGGGGAACGGUUUACCGGCAUCAAACUUUCAGCCCGUGUUAUUGCGAGUUUGGCAAAAGCAUUUGAUAAAGUCAUCCAGGAUCGCGGUCAUGUGGAAAAAGAAGCUCUGGAGUUGGAACUGCUCAUUCGUGGACGACGAAUUUUCCAAGACGGAUUGGCAAUUGGUGUCAUCGUGCAGGAGUGA